AUGGAAGACUGUAUGGUUGAUGAACAAGAAUGGCAAGAAGAGUUUGUUGUCUUACGCUCUGGUAUUGAAAGGUUGGCGUCUAUGGUUCAAGACUUGGUGGCUACUCAGAAUCAGCCUACAACCCAAGCUCAAGCUUCUAUGAUCUCUAAAGUCGAGACUCCUCAGAUUCCUGCCAUUCUGAUUUCGAAUCCUACAACCACUAGGCCAUAUGGAAUAGAGAUGGAUUUCCAAUUGGCUGGGAAACAAAUUCUUGUUCCACGAGCUACAAUCCCCCAAGUUGUUAUGACCACUACUCCUACAGUUGUAAACAUUGUUCCUCUUCACAACGAACAGAUUUUCCAUGGUGCACCUUCUGAAGGUAUGGGAAGACUAGAUGAAUUUGAAGAUCAAUUUCUGGAAAUGCAUAAAGAAAUCAAGGCCUUAAGAGGUAAAGACCUGUUUGGGAAAGAAAUUAAUAACCUCUGCAUGGUUCUUAAUGUCAGAGUCCCUCCCAAGUUCAGACUCCCAAAAUUUGAGAAGUACAAAGGAAAUUCCUGUCCUCAUAGUCAUCUAAUCAUGUAUGUCCGGAAGAUGUCUAUGCACACUGAAGAUCAGCGUCUACUGAUUCAUUACUUCCAAGAUAGCUUAUUGGGAGCUACUUUGAAAUGGUUUGGUAGAGAUUUCUCCAAGAAGAAGGAACAAACCGUGAGUGUUAUUUCAAGGGGAAGAAAAAGACAAUAUCAGCCUCAACAGAUUUCUGCUGUUACUCCCAUUGUUAUUCAAGCUCCGCGACAAAGUGUUCAAAGAACUCAACCUCAACAACCUCGACAACGGGCUCCUCAACAAAAUUAG